AUGGCGAUCCCAAACCCGCAGUCCAAACAAAAGGGCACAUAUCAACGUAGGAACCUCACACAAUCAAAGCCAACACUAUCAUCAAUCAAAGAAAAUGAACCCCAACCCAGCAACCCGGACAAAGAUCCUAAACCAAAAGCCCGCACAGCCCUCCAACGCUGUAAGCGCUUCGCAGCAACACACACGUGGGCCAUCCCACUAGCCCUACUGCUAUCAAUCCUAGCACUAUACGCGGUCAACCCGACCGAGUCCAACAUCCUGCACCACUUUAUAUUCCUAUCCUACAAACAGCCCCCAACCCCAGCAUCCCACAGCCCCAACCCCCAAUACGGCAAAGGACCAUGGGAUCUAGCCUUUGUCCUCUUCUACACAAUCGUUCUCUCCUUCACCCGCGAAUUCAUCAUGCAAGAGCUCCUGCGCCCACUAGCGCGCAAGUACGUCAAAUCAACCGGCAAGCAGGCCCGCUUCAUGGAACAGGCCUACACGGUGCUGUACUUCGGCGUCCUCGGUCCAGCUGGUCUGUACGUGAUGCGCCAGACGCCCGUGUGGUAUUUCAACACCCGUGGCAUGUACGAAGGCUUCCCGCAUCGCACGCAUGAAGCCGCGUUCAAGUUUUACUAUCUGUUUGAAGCGGCCUAUUGGGCGCAGCAGGCGCUCGUCAUGGUGCUUGGGCUGGAGAAGCCCCGGAAGGAUUAUUACGAGCUGGUUAUGCAUCACAUCGUCACGCUGGCGCUUAUUGGCUUGAGCUAUCGGUUUCAUUUUACGUACUUGGGCAUUGGGGUUUAUCUGACUCAUGAUAUUAGCGAUUUCUUCCUUGCUCUGUCCAAAUCUCUUCACUAUAUUGCUCCGGAUUAUAUGAUCCCUUUCUUUGCGGCUUCGAUUGGCGCGUGGGUCUAUCUUCGCCAUGUGCUGAAUCUUCGCAUUCUGUAUUCCCUUCUGAAUGAGUUUCAGACUGUUGGGCCUUACGAGCUCAAUUGGGAGACUCAGCAAUACAAAUGCUGGAUCUCUAAUAUUAUCACUUUUGGACUGCUGGCUUCUCUUCAGUGUCUCAAUCUCUUUUGGCUGUAUUGUCUUUUGCGCAGUGCACUCCGGUUUCUUAUUACUGGUGAUAAGAAGGAUGAUCGGUCCGAGCCUGACGAGUCUGAGAUUGAGGCUGAGGCCGAGAAUGUCGAUGGUCAUGAUCGCUUGAAUGGCAAUGGCCAUGUUCCUUCUGGGAAGUUGAACGGAGCUUCCGCUCAGGCUUGA